AUGUCUCACUUUGGGAGAUCGGGGCCUCCUGAUAUAUCGGAUACAUAUUCUCUUCUCAUCCUCAAUAUAUCUUUCCGCACGUCUGCUGAUGAUCUCUUCCCGCUGUUCGACAAGUAUGGAAAGGUAGUUGAUAUCUUUAUUCCCAGAGAUCGAAGGACUGGUGAAUCACGGGGGUUUGCAUUUGUCCGUUAUAAGUAUCAGGAUGAAGCGCAAAAGGCUGUGGAAAGACUAGAUGGGGAAGUGGUUGAUGGCAGAGAAAUCGCUGUUCAGUUUGCGAAGUAUGGGCCAAAUGCAGAACGGAUUCACAAAGGAAGGGUUAUUGAAAAGGUUCCCAAAGGUCGUGGACGAUCAAGAAGCAGGAGCCCUCGGAGAAGGCACCGAGAUGAUUAUCGUAGAGAACACAGGGGAAGCCGGAGCAGAAGUCGGGAAAGGUAUGAGCGUGACAGGUACCGUGAGAAGAAACAUGGUCAUCGGUUCCGGAGCAGGAGUUAUAGUGCGAGCCCAGACCAUGAUAGAUACCGUGGCAGGGGACGGCACAUAGAUGAGCGCCUGAGGAGUAGUAGAUCAUUUGAAAGUGCCUCUCCGCCCCAGCGUAGCCCUAGCCCUUAUAGGAGUGUGUCCCCACGAAGGACACCAUCUCCUAUAGGUGGAAGUCCUGAGAGGCGCAGCCAUCCUCCUCUCCUCAGAAUACAUAUAAUGAGUGAUCUGCCUGAUUUUGGAUAUGCAACUCCUAGAAGGGGAUUAUACCUUUUGUGGCAGUUUAGCUGA